AUGUUGGGCAGCGUCCUCCUACCGUCUCAGCCGCCCGUCGGUGGUCUGCGUAGGGCCACUACUCAUACUCAUACCCAAUCCAGCGGCAUCGCGCCGCCGCUCCCCCCUCGUCGCAAUUCCCUGUCCACGGCCCCCGCUGCCCAGACUCAAAAACUCCAGCUGCGAGUGUCGACCCUCCCCAACGACAGCAAGCCCGCCGUCAUGGAGUCGAGAUACAAGCGCUCGUCGUCCCCGCGGCGACAUGCCAACCCGGCGAGGUCGUCGACGGGCACCUUUGCGGACCCGUACUACGACUACUCGUCCUCGUCCUCGUACGUCCGCCCCAGCUCGCCACGCUCCAGCGCCGACCGCAUUGGAGGCGCCCACCACCACUCGACCUACUACACCCCCACCACCUCCAUCACCACCGGCUCGAGAGCCACGCCCUCGACCACCUACGGCCGGCCGCGGCGGAACACAAACGACAACAUGAUCAGGCCGACAGCGAGCACCACCUCGAUGCCACUCCGCACGCCCUACUCCCCGCACAGCAGCUUCGACCGCCCCUCGAGCCCAUUGACCCGCUCGCAUGACAAGCGAGCCGAGACGACGUACAUUACGCAGCCCGCGCGGACCUCGCACAAGAAAAUCUACAGCGUAGACGACACCAGCCGCUCGACGCAGCUCGUGGCUGAGAGGGACACGAUUGAGUCCUCGCGCCACAGCAAGCGGGACAGCAUGGACCGGGGCUAUGGCGUCACAAGCGGUGGUCGCACCUACCACACCACCACCAAACAGCCUCCUGCACGGCUGACGGAUCUGGGCGACGAGGGGUACUCGUACACGGACCCCGCCAGCAUGUACCGCGACACUGAGCCAGCGUGGCGGCGACCACGCGCGGGCAGCAUGGAACGCACCUCUCGCCCGACUAGCAUGAUCAUCGACCGUCCGGCCCGCACCUCAACGAGAGAGUUGGGCCCGCCUCCGUCUGUCCGUGGUUUCGAUAAGAUUAACAACAGCAUCCCCAGACCCCACGCCCGCUCCUCUUCCAUCGAUCGAUCUCGCGAGAUUCCCAAGUACGAGCCCUACCCCGACGCCGCGCCGUCUCGCUCAUCCUCUACCCGCCACCAUGCUCCAGCCAUCCACCAAGAGCCGGCACGUGACGUUCGCCGUGAUCCCUACCACGAAACAUACGACCGUCGAGACGUUGAGAACAGGAGACACACGACAGACCACUUGCCCGAUCCCCAGGUCGCAACGCGUGGGUUCGGCAUUGCUCCUGUUGUCGCCCCCGUGCUCGCCCAUGACUACCACGUACCAACCCAUCAGCCUGCCUAUCCGCAGGAGCCUGUCCAUACAAGGGCAGACAACUACGACGCUCCUUACCACUCCUCGCACCGUGCCAGCACCCACAUGCCAGACCCUCGAAUCCCUGUGGUCGAUACGCGAGUACCUGAUCCUCGAGCAUCGGAACCCCGAGUGGCUCGCCCACGAGAGGCCGCCCCACCAGCCACCUACGACAACUACGAGAAGCGACCUCGUGAGCGUGAGCGUGAGAGCGGCUCAGGCUUUGGGUCUGCGGUCGCCGGUGCUGCUACGGGUGUGGCAGCUACCCUGGGUGCUGCAAACUACAUGAAGAACAGAGACAAGGACCGCGAAGAACGCAGCUCUUCUGAAGAGCGUGAACGGGAGCUGGAACGUGAGCGUCGCAGAGCCCAUGACGAGCGUGAUAGCCGUGACAAGGUCGACGAGCGUCGUGAACGCAGGUCCGAUGAGCGCGAGAGGGAGCGUGAGAGGAGGCCCGAAGAACGCCGUGAAGUUCCGGCGAUCCCACCUGCCUACCCUCCACGACCAGAUGCCGAACCGAAGCCCCGAGAGCUUCGCUAUGAGGACGAACAGCGCGAGAAGCCUUCUCGCAAGAAUGGGUCGUCCGAAGGCAGUGGUGACGAACGUCCCCGCCACUACGUCGACCGAGAUGCAGAGCGCCGCAGAGAAGCAGCACCCAAGGAGGCUGCGAUUGAUCCCGAUGAGGACUACCGCCGUCGUGUGCAGCAAGAGGCGGAGCGGAGCAGCCGCUCCACGCGUGAUCGCGAUGAAGAGACUGACCGUGAGCGACGGCGACGCAAGGAUGGCCGAGACAGCUCCCGUAGCCCCGAGGAGCGCUCGCGUGCAUCUCCACCUACUCGGGACGGCCCUAGUUCCCGACCUGACGAGCGCUCCGGCAGCAUCUACGAUGCGAACAUGGUGCAAGAGCCAGAGUCUUUCGACAAAUUACAGGCCGACCAGCCCAACAAGAGCGUCACCAUUGUCACGCCUCCCAAAGACCCCCAGCCCGCUGUCAAAGGCAUUCUCCGCAAACCCACUGAGAAGUUUCCCGAGGAGCCUGAGCCUAUUCGUGAGGGUGUUGCGCCACACAAGGAUGCUCUCAAGGGCAAGGACAUUCCCAUUGGUGCUCGAUGGACGAGAAUCGACCGCCGUCUCGUAAACCCACAAGCACUCGAGGAGGCUAAGGAGCGCUUCGAGGAGCGCAUGGAUUGCGUCAUUGUUCUACGUGUUCUCACCAAGGCUGAGAUUCAGAAGCUCGCCGAUCGCACCAAGAAGAUCCGUGAGCGUCGAGAGGAUGAAUACGACGAGCAUGACAAAGACGACCGCGACAAGCGAGGCUACCAUAGCUCCCGUGACGAUAGGGACGAUGAUGACCGUGACCGAGGCCAGGGCCGAGAGCGCCGCAGCAGACGCUACGAAGAUGAGGAAAGCGAAUACAGCGACCUCGACCGCGAACGAGAGCGCGAGAGGGAGCGCCCAAAGAUGCUGGAACCUGCAAGGUAG